UGUAAACACAAUUCGAUGCCCUUCUUAUCUUGGCGUUUUCUCUGAUAUCUCGUUUUCUUCUUUCGAACAGUAUCCAAAGACAGCACUCGUUAUCUGUCGGCUUUCGUCUCUCUGUCUCUAUCUUAUACUCGUCCAGUCACUCACUAAAGGCACAAACAAACAAACACCGCAUCACUCAAAAUGCACACCUCACCACUCGCCCUCCUCCUCUCCCUCUUCCUCGCCCUCACAACAGCAGAACCACCCCCACCCAUCUCAAUAAUCCCCGUCCCAUCCUACAUCCCCACCAUCGCCAUCCUGCCGCCCUCCGACCCAACCACGGCCCCGCUCCCUUUAACAAUAAUCCCAGAACCAGAUCUCAUGCCCAUCUCCUCCAACAUCAUGGUCGAUAUCCCGCCCGUAUCGACCAUGAUUCCAGCCGAUGACGCGACGACGAUGAUGGCACCGCUGGAGAUGACUAGUGUUGUGACGGAUGUUGUUAAUGGAGGAGGAGGAACAAGCACCACCACCACCACCACCAUCCCGGGAGUCGCUACGCCUACUACCACCAUGCCACCCACCACCACCACAUCAACAACGACGCAAACCUCGCUCGUAACGCCCAGCCCGACAGGGACGAAGGGGAAUUCUACGGGCCCGAUUGAGACGAGUGGUGUGGAGGGGAGAGGGUUCGGGGAGGUGAAGAUGGUUUCGUUGGCGUUGGUUGGGGUUUUGGGGAUUUUUGUUUUUGCUUAGGUGUUGGGGUCAUGAGAAAGGGGGGUUAUGAGGAUGGGAUGGGAUGGAUUGGUUGGCAUUUACAUG